AUGCAGUCUGUCCUUAAGCGUGCAACACGGUCAUCGAUCGUGUCUUCACGAUGCUCCCGGAGGUAUCAUGCUUCAGUACUCCCUUCACUGAUCUCACCUGCCUCGCUCGAGUUUCGGGAGAAAGCAAAUGCCAUGGACUUACUGGUUGCGGAUUUGGAGGCCAAGUUGGAGCACGCGAGACAGGGCGGAGGUCCGAAGGCUGCAGAGCGAAUGCGGAGCAGGGGAAAGAAACUACCGAGGGAACGUUUGUCGCUGCUGCUGGACCCACAUACCCCGUUCUUGGAGCUGUCACCACUAGCAGCCCAUGAAGUUUACCCGGAACACAUUCCUGGUGCUGGGAUGAUCACAGGUAUCGGUAGAAUAUCAGGGCGGGAGUGCAUGAUCGUCGUGAAUGAUGCGACAGUUAAAGGAGGGUCGUACUAUCCUCUGACUGUCAAGAAACAUUUACGAGCUCAGGAGAUCGCACGGGAGCAUGGUCUUCCAUGUGUCUACGUUGUCGAGUCAGGGGGUGCGGCGCUUCCCCAUCAAGCCAAUGUGUUCCCCGAUAAAGAGCACUUUGGCCGCAUAUUCUACAACAUGGCUCAAAUGUCUGCUCUUGGCAUUCCACAGAUCGCACUAGUACAUGGCAUAUCUGUUGCAGGUGGAGCAUAUGUUCCCGCAAUGGCCGAUGAGAAUAUUAUUGUUGCGGAACAAGGGCGCAUUUUCCUCGCAGGACCGCCACUGGUUAAGGCUGCUACAGGUGAAGAAGUCGAUGAGGAGACUCUCGGCGGUGGACUAAUGCACUCGAGCGAAAGCGGCGUGACCGAUCAUCUCGCGCGAGAUGAUGAGCAUGCUAUCGCAAUAGCAAGGGGCAUGGUCGGCGACCUCGGCAUUGCAGGGUGGAAACCAAAUGGUCCAUCAGCAGUGCCAGAGGACCCUGUGUACCCCGCUUCGGAGCUACAUGGUAUUGUUGGCACUGAUUCGCGCCAGGCUUUCGAUAUGAGAGAUGUGAUUGCUCGGAUAGUAGAUGGUAGCCGUUUCAGAGAAUUCAAAAAAGAAUAUGGUCCGACCAUGAUUACGGGCUUUGCUCAUGUGCAUGGGUACGAAGUAGGUAUUGUUGCGAACAAUGGAAUUCUAUUCUCGCCAUCGGCUCUAAAAGCCACACACUUUAUCCAACUAUGUUCACAACGUCAAAUUCCACUUUUAUUCUUGGUGAACUUGCUAGAUCACCUGACCUGUCUCGAUCUAGGCUAUAUGGUAGGUUCAAAGGCUGAGAGAGGAGGGAUUGCGAAAGAUGGUGCCAAAAUGGUUCGAGCAGUUGCAUGCGCCGAUGUUCCGAAGUUAACCGUCGUUGUCGGAGGAAGUUUUGGAGCUGGUAAUUAUGGAAUGGCUGGGCGCGCUUACUCCCCGCGGUUCCUGUGGAUGUGGCCCAAUGCGAAGGUAUCCGUCAUGGGCUCUGGUCAGCUAUCGCAAGUCAUGGCUACGGUCUCUAAAGACCCUAGCCAACACUCAUCACUGAAAGCAGACAUUGAAGCGCAGUCAACAGCGCUCUACUCUACUGCUCGUUUAUGGGACGAUGGUAUUAUCAAGCCUGCAGACACACGAGACGUGGUAGGUCUUGGGCUCGCGCUGGCAGCAAGAGAGCGUCCUACGUCACGCGGGAGGGGAUCGGUUGGCUCGACUACGUGGGACGGCGAUGGAAAGGGAUUUGGCGUGUUCAGGAUGUAAUGAUAUUUAUUUUGUCCGAAUGGUCGGACUGUUGAACGUUGAACCUCAACCUUCCUGCGGGCUUUGGCAAUGGAUGUUUGGCCGACUACUUCCCUGAAACCGAGCAAUAAUAUUGAACCUACCAUAUUUGUUUAUUUGUUUUUA